CGUUUGUUGAUCGUUAUAACGCGUAUCUUCUGUCUUUUAUCUCGGGGGGCGUAUCAACAUCCGAUUAUACUAUUACAUGUGCAGGGCACGCCAUAUUUAAUCCGCUAUGAAAAGAAAAAUUAUAUGUCGUCUCAGUGUUGUUUCGUUGAAUGUGUUUCUCCACCAGACCCCCCACUAGCGACGUUGGGAGCUGAAGACGUCAGCUGCCGUGCAAACCUGUCACCUAAAAAUCGGAGCAGCCGGCCCCCGGCACAUGCCAUGAUGAGGAUGAAGAUGGUUCGAGUAGUGAUGAUGAUGAUGAUGAUGAUGAUCUUGGGGGGAUGAGUGGUAUUAAUAGGAAGGCUUGAGCGUCUCAAUCUUUCUCUGUCGAGGCUAGAGGGGCUUUGUGGAGAGUCCGUGGACCGGGGUGCGGGGAGGGGGUCUUCCGAUCCUGAUUGUGCAGUUGGACAUUAAUACCAGUGAGGAAUCACCCGCAUAAUAACACGGGCGAGAUGGAUGUGCUGGCUGCCCUCAAUUUGGGUGAUUUAGCGAUAGCUUUCUCCAAAAUGGGAAUGUUUCCUGUCUUUGAUGUGGCUUAUUACAUCGUGUCCAUCCUCUACCUCAAGUAUGAGCCAGGCUCAGUGGAGGUUUCUCGCAGGAGUCCCGUGGCCUCGUGGCUCUGUGCCAUGCUCUAUUGCUUUGGGAGCUAUAUUCUGGCCGACAUCAUGCUGGGAAGUAGCCCCAUUGACUACUUCCAACACAACAGCCACAUUCUGCUAGCCUCUGCUGUCUGGUACCUCAUCUUCUACUGCCCACUGAACCUGUUCUACAAAUGUGUGGCUUUUCUGCCUGUCAAGUUGGUGUUGGUUGCCCUAAAGGAAGUCGUCCGCACUCGCAAGAUUGCCGCCGGCGUCCAUCACGCCCACCAUGCGUACCACCAUGGUUUCUUUAUCAUGGUCAUCGUCGGUUAUGUCAAAGGGUCUGGGGUGGCUCUCAUUUCCAACUUCGAGCAGCUGCUGCGUGGCGUGUGGAGGCCCGAGAGCAACGAGAUCCUCAACAUGUCAUUCCCUACCAAAGCCAGCCUGUAUGGAGCCAUCCUCUUCACCAUGCAGGAGGCUCACUGGCUUCCAGUGUCCAAGAGCAUGCUCAUCAUCACCUUUACCCUCUUCAUGGCCACUAGCAAGGUGUGGAUGACUGCCCGUCACUCCCACGGUUCGCCCUUCAGCCUUAUUGAGUCCUGGAUUUGUCAUCUGCUCUUCCGCUCCCCUCUGGGCGGUUCUGAAGAAGACCAUCAUCACGCUCCAGCCGCCCCAGCCCCUUCAUCGCUGAAAAGCAAAGAGGACCUGAGUGAGGGUGCUCGAAAAAGGAAAGCCAAGAAAGCCGAGUAGACUGCGAAAUGUGUCUGACUCACCAACACGACCUUCACUCUAUGGCGCCUCUUUUCUUGAAGCAAAAGCGUUUUUACGAUUGAGACGCUUUGUGUUUGAGCCAAACGGUGCCCUGAGUUUUACAUUUUCAUUUACAUCUCACAAGGACUCUGUAAAUACAGUAGGACUAUCCACUUUUAAACCUUCCCUGGCCAUUUUAAAAGCUAUUUUUAACAUUUCCAUCCAUGCUUAUGUUGUCCACAUUCAGGCCGCUCGUGCUCAAUGUUGGCGUGUCGGUGGUUAUCUUUUGGUCCAUUUCAGUGGUUUCUGAACGGAAAGAAAAAGUCUAUUUCAAUCAGACAAACAUGAUGAACCUUUAAUGUGAAAAGAAAUAACUUUUUAUCGACACUUACGACUAAUUAAAAUAUUUGAAUAAAAAUGAAUACAAAUGUUUGUCGUGUAUUUUCUUCAUGUAGUGGAUGACAUUGAGGUGUUUUGAUCACAAUUAGUGUUUAUGUAAUAAAUUUCAGGCAAGAGUUUACUCCUAAUAGAAUUUUCACAAUGGCAAUUUUAUGAUAUUUCCUCUUCACCACCACAGUGGAUUAGGAGGGUC